GCUGCUCUGAGGAGCGGCUCUUCCUGCUCUUAGGUGGGAGGAAGCUAGGCUAGGCUGGGCCUGGCCUGAACAGAAGCAAGCUCCGCCUCCCUCCCUCGGCCCGUCAAGAGCCAGGCGUGCCCAACCGGGCCAGGUCAACCCAGUUGCUCGAAGGCCACCAGCAGUACGGGUGCGAAGCGGGUUCCCUGCCUUUCUAAUAUGCACACACGUUCCCUGGCGCCCUAGGAGUUCGCUUCCGAGUUCUUCGUCUUUUUUUCCUCUGCCGUGGCUGGUUGUGUAGUGUUGUGAGCGUCUCCGUCUCUUCCUCCUCCUCAGGAGCCGUGUUGGGAUAACGUCGUGCUGUGUUUUGUGCGUCUCUUCGGCUGCCGCGCAAGGAUAUUUGGGGGUCCCAAAAAGGCGGCGGCGGCGGCGGCUUUUGGACAGCGGGUGUGACCCGAAGGAGCGGUUCUUGGGAGUUCAGCUCGACGGCGCCCAGAUGAGUGACUUUGGAAUCAAGAACAUGGAUCAGGUAGCACCUGUGUGCAGUUCAUAUAGAGGAUUGCUCAAGCGGCAACCUGCAUUUGAUAGCUUUGAAGGUGCAAAUUCUUUGUUUACCGGAUACUUUCCGUCAUUAGAAGAUCAGACGCUCCAGGAAGUGCCAACAGGCCUUGAUUCUAUUUCAUACGAAUCAAACAGCUGUGAAUUGCCUCUCUUAACACCAUGCAGUAAGGCUGUGAUGAGUCAGGCCUUAAAAGCAACUUUCAGUGGCUUCACAAAGGAACAGCGCAGAUUGGGGAUUCCAAAUAAUCCAUGGUUAUGGACACAGCAUCAAGUGUGUCAGUGGCUUCUCUGGGCCACCAACGAAUUUAGUUUGGCAAAUGUGAACUUUGAGAGGUUUGCCAUGAAUGGGCAGGAGUUGUGCAACCUCGGAAAAGAGCACUUCUUAGAAUUGGCACCUGAUUAUGUGGGUGAUAUUCUGUGGGAACACCUGGACCAAAUGAUAAAAGACAAUGAGGAGAAGCCACAGGAUCAGUAUAUGGAAAAUGCCCAUCUCACUUCAUCCACACACUGGGUGAACAAUAACAACACAUUAGGUAUUAAUAUCAACCAGGCACAGUAUUGUGCUCAAGUACCCAGCUAUCCAAAAAUUCUCAGCUAUCCAAAAAGCAGCCUUUUGGGUGACUUAUGUCAGGCAUCUGUUGGACCAAAUCUAGUUAACCUAAAACAAGAAUUUCAGAUGUUUCCUAAAGCACAGUCAGAAACAGUCAAUGUUAACUACUGCUCCAUGAAUCAGGACUUUACAAGAAACAACCUGAACUUGCUGUUGGAUAACUCUGGUAAACCUAGAGAGCAUGAUUCAAGUGAUAGUGGCACAGAAAGUUUUGAAAGCUCAGAUUCAUUGCUACAAUCUUGGAACAGUCAAUCCUCCUUAGUGGAUGUUCAACGUGUGCCAUCUUAUGAGAGUUUUGAUGAUGACUGCACCCAGUCCUUGUGUAUGAACAAACCCACAAUGUCCUUUAAAGACUACAUUCAAGAAAGGAGUGACCCCGUAGAGCAAGGGAAACCAGUUAUACCAGCAGCAAUUCUAGCUGGGUUUACAGGAAGUGGACCUAUACAACUGUGGCAGUUCCUUCUAGAGCUUCUAACUGACAAAUCUUGUCAGUCGUUCAUUAGCUGGACUGGAGAUGGAUGGGAGUUUAAACUAACUGACCCAGAUGAGGUUGCACGACGAUGGGGCAGAAGGAAAAACAAGCCCAAGAUGAACUAUGAGAAGCUGAGUCGUGGCCUGCGCUAUUAUUAUGACAAGAACAUCAUACACAAGACUUCAGGGAAGCGUUAUGUAUACCGUUUUGUAUGUGACCUACAGAACCUUUUGGGCUAUACAGCAGAAGAGCUUCAUGCAAUGCUAGGAGUGCAGCCAGACACAGAAGACUGAGCAUUGCAAUAUUGUGUAGUAUUGACAAAGGAUGCAAUAACGCAUGAACUGUGAAUUGGGACCUCCUGCAUAAGUCAUUAGUUUUAUCUUCUGACUUUUUGGAGUGGGGCACUGUUAAAGACCUUAAAGAAGUGAUUUUGUAACCAGGUGAAGUCAGAGGAAAGAGAAGUGGCCUUAUUUGGGGGCACAGUGGCUUCAGUUCUUGAUGUGUCCGUCCUCUUGAGCAGCCGUGAGUGAAGUCAGCACAGUUUCCAGCUGUAACCCGAAGAUAUGAAAGUGUUCCAGGGUUUGGAGUUCUGGUUAUGUAUACUGCUGUAUACUUAAGGGUGUUGCUCAUCCCAGUGGCUGAUAGUCAUCAGAAUUUCUAGCUCAACCCCCCCCCCGCAAGAUAACAACCUUAACAGUUGUCACAUGAUGUGAUUAAGAGAAGAAAGGUUAGGCAUCCACAUCUAAGGCUAGGUACUGAGGUGGAUUUACAUUGGGCAUUCUCUCAAAAGAUUGUGUGUGUGUGUGUGUGUGUGUCCAUGUCCUACACAAACGUAUGUAGCCUCAGAGCUAGGUGAUGCAGCGGCAGAGUCCUUGCAAAGAAAGGAAAAAUAACCAUUUCAAAGUCUGUAUUUUGUGUGAGUGUAUAAGCACAUUCAUAUGAUUCUCUGGCAAUUUAAUGCUCCUAUUUAACGUUGUAUAUUGUAAUUGAAGUUCAGUAAGUAUCUGAAAGAGGAGGAAAGGAAAUGUUUCAUUUCAGAACAGCAGCACUUAAGCUGGAAGAGCAUCCUGGAAGUAUUUAAUCUACUGGAGGAGUUUGCUAAGAUAGUAUAGGCAUGUGCCAAGUGCCUCAGUUGUGUAAGGAAUAUAAUCAAUGGCUUCAAACUCUCUGAGCAUUUUUUGCAAGAGACUGAUGAUAAUAAACCCUUGGGGGCAUAAAAAGCCCAAUUUGACUUUUCUUCUAACUGAAAUUGAAAAUGUUAAUACUGUUUUAAAAUAUAUUUAUUGGUGGGAUCUCUUCUAUGCAUGUCCUUCUAGAAAUUUGUAUAUCCUUAUUUUUUCUUCAGUUGACCAUUA